AUGGAGGUGAUUAGUAGUUUCAAAGGGGAAUGGUAUCUUGGUAUCAAAGUUAAGAGGAAGAAUAAAAUUUAUUAUGUGGUUAAUAUUUAUGCACCGUAUGAUUUAUGCAAAAAAAGAAUUCUUUGGAGGAAGUUGGUGGAGUUGAAGGAGGAGUUUGAUGAUGGUGAGUGGAUCAUAGGAGGGGACUUUAAUUCUAUUAAGGUCCGAAAUGAAAGGAGGGGGAGGGUGGUGGCGGCAAACUAUAAUGAGAUGAAUCUUUUUGUGAGCUUCAUAGAGGAAAGUAGAUUGGUGGAUAUUCCUUGCAAAGAAAAAAAGUUUACUUGGUAUAGUGGGGAUGAAAUGUCAAUGAGUCGGAUAGAUAGAUUUCUUAUUUCAGAUGAUGUGAUAAAUGAUUGGGGGUGGUGGGACAAAGUGGAAGGUAGGGGAGAUUUUGUUUUGAAAGAAAAACUCCAUCUUCUUAAAGAAAGACUCAAAUGGUGGAAUAAGGUGGUUUUUGGUAUAAUUGAUUUGGAAGUAGAGGAAGGAGUUAAGGAUAUUAUUUUUGGGGAUAAAUUGUUGGAGUUGGAUUCGGUUGAGCUAAAUCCCGAAAUUGUGAAAAAAAGGAAGGAAGCUACAAAUCGAUUUUGGACGGAUUUGCGCAUCAAAGAGAAUAUGUUAGUUCAAAAAUCAAGGUUGAAAUGGCUUAACAAGGAAGACUCCAAUAGUGGUUUUUUUCAUAAAGUCAUGAAGGAUAGAAGGAGACGCAAUCACAUCGGUCCUAUUAAUUCUCUAAAUGGCUCGCUAAGUUCGGUUAAAGAUGUAAAGGAGGAAAUAGUUCAUCAUUUUCUAGCAAGUUUGGAGGAGUAG